AUGGAAACCUGGUAUCAAUCCGUGACAGCAACAGCUACGAGCCUUAAACCGGCAACAGCUGCGGCUGGCCUGGUCGGGUGUCGUGCCCAGCCGAUCAUCACCACAACCCUUGAGGUGCGUGGUGUUGAAGAGCUAUUGAACCGCGUGUAUGAGGAGUACAGGCAGUUCUGCAGGGAGAAUGGAAAGUCAGUCCCAGAUCUGCAGAUCAACUUGACGGAGAACCAACUCGUGUAUAACUCGAAAGCGCCCUUCACAGGGGGCAUGGGCCUAGAUGAUGACGAAGGUGAUGGAAAAGACAAGCGAAAGGGAAAGUCACGAUCUGCCAAGGAGCCGGUGAAGAGCCAGGACGGUAACAUCGACCGCGGGGAGCCUGGACCUAAUGCGCCUCCAGUGCAGGAGAUUGAGAAACUCAUCGAUGAGCGCAAUGAGGCGCGCAGGGCCAACAACUUCCCGGAGGCCGAUCGGAUCCGCCAGCUCUUGCACUCUCGCGGCGUGGCCCUCAUGGACGAGCCCGGUGGACGGGGAAAGGGUGCCGAGGCUAAAAGUGUGGCACCAGUGGCCCUGGGAGCUGUCGGCUUGUCCUUCCAAGGAGCCAGUCUUGUUGCAGAGAACGUCAAGGCUGCGCAAACCAGCCGUGAUGCACUGUGGGAUCCCAGCUGGGUGGAAACCCAUGGAGAGAGGACGAUUGCCAAGCGCGUGGCCGCCCCGAAGGAUUUGCCAUUGAAGCUUUACACGUCCUGGUUUUGCCCCUUUGCGCAACGAGCGUGGAUUGCUGUGGAAGAAAAGCAACUGGACUACUCCUAUGUUGAGAUCAACCCCUAUGAGGUGGAUGAUCGACUUCCAGGAGGCUACACAAAGAAGCAGCUCCCCUUGGAGGUCAAGAAGGCCAUGUACCCGGACUUCAUCGCCAGCAGUCCGCGCGGCUUGGUCCCCUCGGUGGACUGCAACGGCGACAAGGUCUGGGAGUCCCUCCAUGUGGUCCAGUACAUCGACGAACGCUUUGAUCAUCCUCCCUACUUUUUGCCUCGCAAUGACCCAGUCAAGCGAGCUCAUGUGCGGAUAUGGUCUGACUUUGUGACUGAGAAGAUGCAAAGGAAUUUCUACGUGCACUUGAUGGAUCAAGACCCAGCGGCCCAGGCAAAAGCAAAGGAUGUCUUUUUCCAGGAAUGUCGAACCUUCGCCAGAGCAAUGAGCAAGGAUGGGCCGUAUUUCCUUGGAAAGGAGAUCUCCAUGGUGGACAUCGCUCUUUUCCCCUUUUGGCAGCGAUUUCUUUGGGUUGGUCGUCACUACCGAGGACUUGAGAUGCCCAAAGACAAAGAGUUUGAACGCUUGCAGAGAUGGUGGGAAGCGACUUGUAAUCGUCCUGCUUUCAAGGCAACCUUGGUUUGUCAAGAUCGCUUAAUUUCUUCGUAUGGCCAAUACAGCAGAAACGAAGGAACUUCUGAUUGUGCCAAGGGGCUGCAAAGCUCGUUGAAACAAAAGUAG